AUGUUGAGAACAUUGCUGCCACAAUUUAUAAUACCGUCUAGACGAACUGUAGCUAGGGAUAGUUUUCAGUUGUUUAUGGAGGAAAAAGUAAGGUCGAAAGCUUUUUUUAAGUCUGAUUGCAAUAGGGUAGCUCUUACAAUAGAUUAUUGGACUUCAAUCCAAAACCUUAACUACUUGACCCUUACGACACACUUUUUUGAUAAUGAUUGGAGUUAUCAAAAAAGGAUUAUUAGUUUCACAGUAAUCCCAAAUCAUAGGGGUGACACAGUUGGUAAAAAGAUUGAAGAGGUUUUAAAGGAUUGGGGGAUUCAGAAUGUGUCAACUAUAAUCGUUGAUAAUGCAUCAUCCAAUGAUGUAGCUGUUGCUUUUUUGAAAAAAAAAAAGAUAAAUAAUACGGAUGGUUUGAUGGGGGAUGGGGAACACUUCCACAUGAGGUGUGUUGUUCAUAUUCUGAAUUUAGUUGUAACUGAUCGCUUGAAAGAAAAAAAAUUGGCAAUCUCUAGCAUUAGAAAUGUUGUUAGAUUUGUAAAAUCUUCACCUCAAAGGGCUGCUAAGUUUAGGGAAUCUUUUGGGAAGCUUGAGGUUGAGGAGUCGAGUUAUAAGGAUUUCUUUGGAGAAGCUGGUCCCCCAACUAGUUCUGAUUGGGAUACAGCUAGGGCGUUUGCAACUUUUUUGAAGUUAUUUUAUGAGGCAACUAGAUUGUUUUCCUCCUCACAACAUGAGAGUAUACAUGCAACUUUUCACCAAUUGUCCACAAUCUAUUGUGAGCUGCAAAAUGCCUCCUUGAAUUUGAACACCCUUUUUGCAAGUGUGGUUGAGGAUAUGUUAGCAAAAUAUGAUAAAUAUUGGGGUAGUAUUAUAAACAUUAAUAAGUUGCUAUAUUUUGAUGUAAUUUUCGAUCCACGGUAUAAGUUGAAAUAUGUUGAGUGGUGCUUUCAAGAUAUGUAUGCAACUAAAUCAGAGGUGGCUAUUGAAUUGAUCACAUUAAUUAAAGAAGAUCUAAGUAAAAUGUACAAAUGGUAUAAAAAAGUGCAUGACAAAAAACAUAAUUCACCACAACCAACUCCCAUGGUUGUUGACAGUGAUUCCUAUGAUGAAACCUCUGUUGCUGUUGCCCAUAAUUCACAUAUGGCCAGAGCACAAGCUUUUGAAGACCAUUUGAAAGAGAGACUCCAUUGA